CGAUACAUUCAUCACUCUUUCAACCCUACUUACCCAAAACGCAAACCCUUUUCCACCUGAUCUCAUUGCUUUCUUGAUUUUCUUCAUCGAUCGAUAUGGCAUUCACGAUUUCCAGUUUUCCAGAUUUGCCUCCCGGUGUCCGAUUCUUUCCGACCGAUGCCGAACUCAUGGUACAUCUCCGGCACCAGGUUAUCGAAGGAAACUAUCAUCAUCGCUUCAUCUCUGUCUAUGACGUUUACGGGCAAGCACCAUGGAACCUUCCGUGGGAUCGUUCCAACAACAGAUACUUUCAUGGCAUUGAGCGCUUCUUCUUUGUCCAGAGGAAGCCCCUCUCUGGAAAGGACAGCGGGAUGAGGCCCAAACGCACGGUUGAUUCGGGCGAAGGGUGGUGGCACGCCAACACUGAAGAUAAGCCGAUUAUGGACGAUGGAGGAAGUGGGGCCACCGUCGGUUAUGUUAAGUCUCUAACUUUCUUUGUCAAAGAUGAAGAGAAGCGGAAACAGCAGGCAGGGAGGGGUAAUCGGAAGCAAGAAGGAACCAAGACGGAUUGGAUUAUGCAUGAGUACGUAUUGGAUAAAAAGAACGUUAAAGAAUGGGUUCUUUGCAGGAUUCGGUACAACGGCAAGCAGCCUUUGGUCAUGCCGUCUGAUGCUUCCACUUCCACUAUUCAUCCCCCACCACAGAUGUCAUCGCAGUUCUGCGGAGGACCUGAUCCGCAGCUGCGGCCAUUGAAGAGACAAAGGAGUGGUGUAUCCGUCCAAGAAGCUCAUCAUCAGCUGGAAUCAUGUGCUCCGUUGUUGUUCAACAAGGAUAUUAUUCAAGAAACAGGAGCCGGGGAGACUGGUAGUAUGGGAUUUGAAUGGUCAUCAGAACGUGUACAUGAAGGAGUAGUUGAAGAAACCCUGGCGAAGGACUUGGUGGAGAUGCGUGGUUCUUUACAGCAACAGCCAGCGGAGAAGCCCUGGGAAGAAUGCGAUGGAGAAUAUGCGAAAGAAUUGGAAAAUAUGUUGGAGAUGAAUUCAGAGACCUUGGUGGUGAUGAGUCCGUUACAGCAACAGCAGCGGGAACAAACCUUUGAAGAAUAUGCGGAACAAUUGGAAAGUAUUUUAGAGUUAAAUUCAGAGGGCUUGGUGAUGAAUCCAGUACAGCAACAGCAGCCAAUAUUGGAAGACUGUGAUAUGUAUUUUGCUGCUGUAGUAGAGGCAGCGAUGGAGAAGAAGUCAGAGGCAGUGACACAGCCUCAACCGGUGCAGCAACCUCAAGAAGAAAAAUCACAGGCAGAGGGAGAUUGGCAGGGUUGGGUCGAAGGUGAAUUAUUGAUGAAUUUUGACUUUAGUCAGCUGCCACCACUGGAUGACAGGGAAUGGAAAGAACUUUGCAAUUGGAAGUGAAGCUUGGAAUGGACGGUUUGUGGGAGGAGGAGGUGUGCCAAUUAAUGUAUGACAAACAAUUAGGUAGCUUGGAUGGAAAAACAGAAUCGCAAAGGUCCCCUGGAUUUGCUUGUGGUUAGUUACAUCUGUAGAUUGAAGCAGAUAUUUGGGAGCUGUUAUAGAAGGUGUGUGAGACAGAUUAAUGUAGAGGCCGAAUCCUGUAUUUAGACUGUGAUGCAUAGUGAAAUAUUUCCGACCCUGUCCGUGGAUGUAGGUCGUCACAUUGGCGACUGAACCACGUAAAAACUUGUGUGUCUGCUUUCUUUCUUUUCUCUUAUCUUUAUUUUUAGUUUUCUGUUUCUUUAUCUCUGCAAUUGUUGGUGAUAGUGACCUUCUUGACUGCUCUUAACAUGAAACAUGACGUUAAAGUUUGCAAUCAAAUUGAAUCAUGACAAUUAAGUUUGCAUGCUGAUCAAUAAAUCUACAUGGCUUGGUAACUCUGUUUAGCUUAUUUAAAGUUAAUUAGUUAUACAUUUCAUGAACUGAAAAUGUGGUUUCAGAGUGCAAUUUGUUGGCAGUUACUACCUUUGUUUUUAUUGAAUAAACUUGAGCUAUUGUU